UUUUUUUUGUUUUUUUCGAUCUUUACACAAGUUUUUUUUGGCAUUCUGGAUCUAGAUUUCUGCAGGAGGGGUGUUUUCGGAAUGAGUUUCGCGAGUACACUUAUUGGGCUGCUUGCAAUCGCAAUCAUGCUGAUCAACGCAUCCAUCCAUCGCGUGGAAGAAGGCCAUGUUGGCAUCUACAAGCGAGGCGGCGCGUUGCUCAAGGAGACCACUGCGCCAGGAUAUCACGUCAUGCUGCCGUUCAUCACAACGCACCACGACAUCCAAGUCACUCUUCAGACAGACGAGGUCCGCGAUGUUCCUUGUGGCACCAGCGGAGGCGUCAUCAUCACAUUUGAGCGCGUGGAGGUCGUGAACAUGCUCGAUCAGCGUUUCGUGUACGAUACGGUCAAGAAUUACACUGUCGACUAUGACAAGCUGCUGAUCUUUAACAAAAUUCACCAUGAAAUCAACGAGUUUUGCAGCUCUCACACGCUGCAGGAGGUCUACAUUGACAUGUUCGACCGCAUCGACGAGAGCAUUUUCAACGCCCUGCAACGCAGCUUGGAUCAAUGGGCGCCUGGCGUCCGUGUUCAAGCUGUCCGAGUCACCAAGCCUCGACUCCCACAGAGCAUCCUCCAAAACUAUGAAAACAUGGAGGCGGAAAAGACCAAGCUGCUGUUUGCCGUUCAGCGCCAAAAGGUCGUCGAGCAGGAGGCUGAAACCGAACGCAAGCGUGCAAUGAUUGUUGCUGAAAAGGAGGCCGCAGUUGCUCGAAUUCGCUAUGAGCAAAACAUUGCAGAGGAGCGGAGCAAGCAGAGCGUGUCCGAGAUCCAAGAUGCCACAUUCCUUGCCCAGCAAAAGGCUCGUGCAGAUGCCGACCUCUACAGUGCCACGAAGCGUGCCGAGGCCAACGAGCUUUUGUACACUCCAUUGUACCUCGAGGUUAUCAAGUAUCAAUCGUUAGCCAACAACACCAAGAUUUACUUUGGCAACAGCAUCCAGGGCAUGUUCACCGAGACCAUCCAGCAGUUUGUCCAGCCUCCUCAACAGCCUGUUGCUGCUCGCGGCCACUGAGAGCAGAAGACUGAAUGGCGGUUUUUUUUUUUUUGUUAGCAGCAACAACACAAACCAAAAAAACAAUUGGCUCAGUCCAUCUUCUUGUGUGUGCGUGUAUGUCUUCUUCCCAGUUUGCAAUGAAAAGCAUAUGCAUCCAACCACAACACACGACUUGAGAGAAUUGAC